AGUUAAUAAUUUUCAAUUUAAUAAAGUGUGAAUUAGAUCAGAUAUUAUGUAAAUUAUUAUACAUAUUAUAUAGUACUCUUAUGAUGGAAUUCCUGAAGAAACAUUAUUUUUAAGUUGACCUAGGCUUGUUAUAAAAAAGUUUCAAUGAACAGCAACAAAAUAAAGUCCUGACAAAUACCCUAUACAUAAAGAUAGUAGCUGUAUGAGUAGCAAUAAGGACGAGGUAGUUACAACCAUUAUGUAUGAUCCAGGCAUUCGGCAAGAACAAAACCCAGUAACGGGUCAGCUAUAUGCCACUAUUGUCAAAAAAGAUGAUAAAGCAUCUUCUGUUGAUUUUCCAUUUUACAACGUAAAUAUGGUACAGAAAGUUCCUGUAUCUGGUAAUAUAGCUGUUCUUGCUGCAGCUUCAGCUAAUGGAGUAACUCAAACUGAUAAGACCUCUUACCGUUUUGAUGUGACAGCACCCUUCAAUUAUAACUAUGCUUUAGUAAAUCAAAUGUCCCUCACAACAGCUGGUGCAGCUUUUAAAUGUGAUGUUUGUGGUGCUGGAUUUACCCAUGCAUCAAUGCUUGAUCAUCAUAAAAAAUCUGCCCAUCCACAAGAACCACCAUCAUUUACUUGUUCGACAUGUGGUUCUUGCUUUCCUCAAGUAAGAGAUAUGAAAGUCCAUCGAUCAACUGUUCACAAACAGUGUUUUUCAUGUGGUGCUGAUGUUGCUCCACAGACAGUUAAAGGUAAAAAGUCUAGAUUUAUAAAAUGUGUAAGUUGUAGUGGUGGAAAUUGUCCCAAUUACACACCUCAAGAAAAUGAAAUAGAAUCUAAUGACAAUUUAUCGCCUGAGCAGACUGCAAUAAUGAAAGGUUAUUAUCCAGUGAAAAAAAGAGGAAUGGCAACAGUCACCAAAUGUUAUAAAUGUAACGGUUCUGGUAUUAUUUUUUUAGUUAAUGGUAACCAUGCAAAUGUAAAUAUGAAAAAUGAUUCAAUUAAUAAUUCAAAUACUCCUAACAAACCUUUCCAUUGUAAUAUAUGUGGAGGAAGUUUUUCACGUUAUUCAUCAUUAUGGAGUCAUAAACGUCUGCAUACUGGUGAUAAGCCUUAUAAGUGUGAAAUUUGUGGUUUAUCAUUUGCAAAAGCAGCUUAUUUAAAAAAUCAUGGUCGAGUGCAUACAGGUGAAAAACCUUUUAAAUGCGGUGUUUGUGGAAUGCAAUUUUCUCAGUCUCCUCAUCUUAAAAAUCAUGAAAGAAUUCACAGUGGUGAACGACCUUAUCAAUGUGAAGUUUGUGAUAAAACUUUUGCUCGCCAUUCUACAUUAUGGAAUCAUCGUCGUAUUCAUACAGGAGAAAAGCCUUAUCGUUGUGAUAUCUGUGGGUCAGCAUUUAAUCAAGCCACACAUCUAAAAAAUCAUGCUAAAGUUCACACAGGUGAAAAACCACAUCGUUGUGACAUUUGUGGAGUUGGUUUUAGUGAUCGAUUUGCAUUAAAACGACACAGAAAUAUACACGAGAAGUAUGCUAGACAACAGAGUGAUGCAGCUGCAGCACAUACUGUUACGCCACCAUCACAAGAAUUGGAACCAAUAAGUGGUCAGACCCAAAUUGAAGAAUGUAUAUAUAGUGCUGACUAUACUGUUGAAAAGUAUGAUGCUGCAAAUAAUAUUCCUACUGAUAUUGUAGAAGUGAAAGUUGAUCAACAGAAUCAACGUGAACAUGACACACAGCAGCAACAAAUUGAGGAUUGCAUUUAUAAAUAAUGAUUCAAGACAAAUUAAAUGAGUAAUAAAUCUAUUAAAAAUAUGAGUAUCAAAAGUAUAACAAGAUUUAAUGGAUUUAAGUAUUUACAUCAUACAAAAAUCAAGCAUCCAUUUACAACAAAAAUGUAGAACUUACAAUAUUAUGAUUUAAAAUAUGGUG